AUCCACAAACGCGACUUGAAGUCUUUACUUGAACUCCCUUUCUUCACAUCCCUCACACCCUCCCAAUCAAGCCCUUUCGAAAGAUGGACGCCCCAACUCCACGUAUCAACUCUUCGAUGCUCCCUAAUUACAUAGGAAGAGUGGUUCGAAUCUCAGGAAAACUUAUCAGUCUCCAAACCGAAGCGGUCAUUGAAUCGACUGAUGGUGGUCAGAUUACAGUCAUUGUUGCACCGAACUCUCUCAUUGGCUCAGACACCUUUCUCGAAAUCAUUGGGAAGGUUGAAUCAGAUAAUACCAUCAGAGAAAUGGACACUUGCAAUUUUGGAGAAAACUAUGAUUUACAAUUGGCACAAGCAGUUGUUGAGAUAACCAAUAAUCCGAUGUUUGUUAGCAAACAACACCCCUGCUUUGAUCUUUCUUAACAAUUUAAUCAUCAGAAUCGAAAAUCGAUUGAGAAAGUCUCUUAUAUUAAAGAAGGAUAUCUAAAUGAAAAGUUGUGUAGGAUAUCUGCUAUGUAAAUCAGUCUUGAAAUAUUUUUCCUUCAACAUUUAUCUUGCUUUCUCAAGGCCGACAUUCUCACCCUCCCUGAUUUGGAUCCGAAAUCGCUCAACACAUACAUUCGUAGCUGUGUGAUAUGUCACCCACGUCUCUUUGAUCAGCUAUUCUAACAGACCGCACCAGACUUAUCUUUAGGAUUACCAACUAAUCC